AUGGCAAGUAAUAAAGGAUUUGAUGGUAGGAGGGACCUCAUUGAGGCCUAUGUUGCCCUGCAACAUAUUGUAUCAUCCAUGAAUUAUACUUGUGGAGUUUAUAUAGUCGUUUUGCAUGCUGCACUGGAAAGAUUUGAGGCUACGAGGAAAAUAAGUAGAAAUCCUAAUCCUUUCAAACAACAACUUGACCACCUAAAUAGGUUGGUCAGAGAUAAUGACAUAGAUUGCCAUGAACAACUACGAAUGAAUAGGCAUACCUUUCUGCGGUUGUGUGGGCUUAUCAGAACAAAGGGUGUGUCAGAUUCAAAAUAUGUUGUGUUAGAGGAAAAGGUUGUUAUGUUCUUGACUGUGCUUGGGCACCACCAUAAAAAUCGAAAUGUCAAAUUCAAUUUUAUGAGGUCUGGUCAAACAGUUAGUAAGUAUUUCAAUAAUGUCCUUAAGCCUGUGCUUCGACUGCAAGGUGCCUUACUAAAGACACCUGAGCCAAUAACUGCUGGGUGCACAGAUGAUAGGUGGAGGUGGUUUCAGAAUUGUCUUGGUGCACUUGAUGGCACCUAUGUUAGAGUGCAAGCUCCUGCAGUAAAUAAAGCAAGGUAUAGAUCAAUAAAGGGUGAAAUUGCAACUAAUGUCUUGGGUGUUUGCUCCCAUGACAUGCAGUUCAUAUAUGUCUUACCUGGAUGGGAAGGUUCCGCUUCAGAUUCUAGAGUACUUAGAGAUGCCAUAAGUAGACCAAAUAGGUUGAGAGUGCCAACGGGUUCCUACUAUCUAGUUGAUGCGGGCUAUACUAAUGGGGAGGGCUUUUUAGCACCUUAUAGAGGACAACGUUACCACUUGUCCACUUGGAGGGAAGGGGGUGCCCCAACUAAUCCAGAGGAGUAUGAAGCACUCUGCGGCUCGUAA